UGGGGUGUUGUGGAUCCGUGUAGCAAAGAAAUCUUGAGUGGGAGUUGUCGGGCGAAUUUGUUUUGUGUUGUGUUAUCUAUCGAUUGGCACCGGUCAUCGAUCCGUCAGCCGAAGCCAUGCCCGGGAUAGAGAAGCUGCCAAUCGAGGAAACUCUGGAGGACAGUCCGCAGACACGUUCUCUACUGGGAGUGUUUGAGGAAGAUGCUGCAGCGAUCUCCAACUACUCUUCACAGCUCUAUCAGGCCAUGCAGAGGAUCUGUGAUGCACAGAAUGAGCUGAGCGCUGCAACCCACCUGACGUCCAAACUGCUGAAGGAGUACGACAAACAGCGUUUUCCUCUAGGGGGCGAUGAUGAGGUGAUGAGCUCCACCUUGCAGCAGUUUGCCAAAGUCAUCGACGAGUUGAGUUCCUGCCAUGCUGUCUUGUCCACCCAGCUCGCAGACGCCAUGAUGUUUCCCAUCACUCAGUUUAAAGAGAGAGACUUGAAGGAGAUCCUGACUCUGAAGGAAGUCUUCCAGAUAGCCAGUGAUGAUCACGACAUGGCCAUUAACAGAUACAGCCGUCUGUCUAAGAAGAGGGACAAUGACAGGAUGCGGGCUGAGACAGUGGAGGACGUGUACACCUCCCGCAAGAAGCAGCACCAGACCAUGAUGCACUACUUCUGCUCCCUCAACACACUGCAGUACAAGAAGAAGAUCGCCCUGCUGGAGCCGCUGCUGGGCUACAUGCAGGCCCAGAUCAGUUUCUUCAAGUUGGGUUCAGAGAAUCUCACCCAGCAGUGGGAGGACUUCCUGGGAACCAUAGGAACCAGUGUGCAGAAUGUGCGUCGGGAGAUGGAGGAGGAGGUGGGGCAGAUGCAGCAGACCAUCCAGCAGAUGGAGACGUCAUGUGACCCGCUGUACGCGCCAUGUGACCCCGACCCCGCCCACUCACCUGUCUGUCGCAGCCUGACCAGGAAGCAGGGCUACCUGUACACCCGCAAUAAGACGGGCCUGGUGUCGUCGUCCUGGGAGCGUCAGUACUUCUUCACGCAGGGCGGGAACCUGCUGAGUCAGGGGCGCGGCGAGGUGGCCGGCGGCCUCGUCAUGGACAUCGACAACUGCUCCGUCAUGGCGGUCGACAGCGACGACCGACGCUUCUGCUUCCAGGUCACCUCAUUCGACGGCAAGAAAGUGUCCACGCUGCAGGCGGAGAGCAGGAGAGACUGUGAGGAGUGGAUCGCCACCAUCAACAACAUCUCCAAGAGGAUCUACCUGAGCGAGAACGCAGAGGAACUGGCAGCCAGAGUCAACCAAUCAGCUCUCGAGGCUGUGACGCCGUCACCGUCCUUCCAGCAGAGACACGAGAGCAUGCGACCCAGCAGUAAAGGGCGUCCAGGGCGAGCGAGCAGCGUUAGCUCUGCGAGCUCCGAGCCCUCGCCUGCCCUCUCUGCGCUCUCACUGGACGCCCUGGUCGCCCCGGAAACGCCCAUCCAGUUCGACAUCAUUUCCCCCGUCAGCGAGGAGAACACGGGACAGAGCAAGACGACACACGCCGGCAGGAGAAGUAACCCAUUUGGAGAAUCAGGAGACACAGCGUCAGAGGACAGUGAAGACUCCAUCCUCCACCAGCUCUUCAUCGUUCGCUUCCUCGGCUCCAUGGAGGUCCGCAGCGCCGAGUCGGCAGACGUCAUCUCGGAGACCAUGAGGCAGAUCCUGGCCGCCCGAGCGAUCCACAACGUGUUCAGGAUGACCGAGUCCCACCUGCUGGUCACCUGCGACUGCCUCAAGCUCAUCGAUCCUCAGACACAAGUCACUCGCCUCAGAUUUCCUCUGUCCAGUGUGGUUCAGUGUUCGUCCCACCAGGACAACAAGAGGCUGUUUGGUUUCGUCCUGCAGACUCCAGGCGGUCAGAGCGACGGACGGGCCAUCUGCUACAUCUUCGAGUCCAACAACGACGGAGAGAAGAUCUGCGACAGCGUGGGUCUGGCCAAGCAGAUCGCCUUCCACUCUGAGAUGGACCGUAAGGCAGUUGAGAGGAGGAAGGAGCAUGACAAGGCCAAGGAGAAACAGCAGGAGGAACUCAGCAAACAGAGACAGAUAGAGAAGGACCUGGAGGAGCAGAGCCGCCUCAUCGCCGCCUCCAGUCGCCCGGCCAACGCCCCCGCCUCUGACGGAAAAGUCCUGGUGCUUAGCAACAGCCAAUCAGAGGACAGCGACGCCGGGGACGAGGGCAAAAAGAAGGGCGAGUCAGAAGCCUAACAAAGGGAGGAGGAGGAUGCAUGUUUUCGCCACCCGGGGAAGCCCAGCUGGCUCAAAAAAAUCACGGAGGGGAAAACGCCACCCGCCCGGGCUGCUCGGGGUUCAGAAACAUGCGCUCCCUCUGUACCGGACUCUGUUGGGAAAUUUGGUGGCGGUCGAGCGUGGCUUCCUAACCCUGAAAACGGAGGUUAAAAGAAGCGCGCCUCCGUUGAAAGAGGAAGAGGGUAGACAUAUAAACAGUUAAAAAAAAGAGAAACAUAUUGUCACCGACUCCUCUUUGACCCUCGUGUAAAAAAAAAAAAAAUCUGUAUUUUAUACCAGCUCCACUACCCAGAAAGAAACAAGAGUAUAGAUUAACCUGUAAGUCUCUGUAAGUCUCCAUCCUUCUUUAUUCUGCUAAGCGGUAAUGACACAGGAUAUAACACAUAGCCUCAGAAAAAGCAGCAGUAACCCGGGACGUGAAGGAGACGCGUCGCUCAAAGAGGUUUGGACACGACUAAACGUCCCGUCCAGCCCGCCCCGCUCGCCCCGCCCCGCCCCGCUCCUCCUCGCUCGCCGUGGACGCCGCCGCCGCUCACUCCACCGGCCCUUUGCAGGAUCUCCCCAGCGGCUCUGUCCAUCUCCAGCGCAGGAAUCUGUCACAAUAGCCUGAGUCAGCGUCAGCCGCCAAGGCAUGCCCUCCUGGAGCUUGCAGGCUUCCGGUGCCUUGCUCAAAGACACUUUGGCAGGGUGGAUAUGUGGCUCACGAAAUUAAUUAAUGCUGGGGAGUUACAGGGUGUUACACAGGACGGCUUUCUCUGGAAAUGUGACACAACCUUAUUGCCCUCUCUAUCAACACGAUCAUAGAAAUAAUAUAUUGUAAAAAAAAAAAAAUUGGGAAAGAGAGAGCGGCAGCAGGGAGAAACGGAGUCACGGUUAUAUUCAGCGUUUGUUUCUGUAAUCAUCACGUCUCUGUAGCAGCUAACUGCACUAACAUUUGCGGCACAUGAAAACUACUUCAGCGCUUACUGGUCCGGCAGAGAGAUGGCAAGGAGGCAGAGCAAAGGCUACACUCUGAUCCUGGGUCAGUCUGGUGAUGUCGGAGUGAGCGGGUGCAAUAGGAGGCGGGGCAGGGAGGCUGACGUCUGGUCUGCUCUCCACAGUUUUGGCACAUAAGUGAAAACGCCGAGCUCUUCUUCAGCCGUCUGACUCAGAACACGUCCUUAACGUCGGGCCGGCCGAUGGGCUCCGUGUUUCGCUCGACGUCAGAAGUCAGAAACUGGCUGCUGGUCGAACGUCGGGGAGGUCCAGUCGUCAAGGCCAAAAAAAAAAAAAAUUCAGGAGAAACAUGGACGCCUGCAAGACUUUCUUUACCCAACGUGGACUCCUGUUCCCCAUGCAUCAGCUGAUAUUACAUCAAUGAAUAUUUAGCAACAUUAGCUUGACAGUCUGCAAUUUCAUAUGUUUAAUCCUCAAAGGAAUACUUCAUUGGGCAAAAUUUCUUUUUCCUGACUUUCCCAGACUAAGAUGUUGGAGACCAUUUUCACCUCUGGACGUCCAGUAGUUUGGUUCCAAUGGUAGCAUUCGUUUUAGCUUAGCAUAAAGACUUGAAGUCUGUGGGAGUCGUUAGCCUGGCUCCGUCAAGCUAAAAAAUAAACUUCUCCUAAAACAACUUUUUUUGUGUUUGUGUGCAAGUAAGACAGCGACCUUCAGAGUUGAAGUGAGGUUUAUUUUUUUUUCUCUGACAGAGCUAGGCUAACAACUCCCAUAGACUUCAAGUCUUUAUGCUAAGCUAACACAAAAUGCUCUCAGUCUAGGGAAAUCAGAAAAAGGGGUUUUCGCCCAAAACGUUGCAGUAUUCCAUUAACUCCAAAAGUUUUUCAAUAAAUAUAAGGUUAUGCAAUUCCAAAAAUGGAAUUGCAGUGUAUGUUGAGUUGGGCUGGGUGAUAUUAUCAAUAUUCUAUCCAUACCAUGAUAUGAGGCUAGAUAGUUGUCUGGAAUUGUGGCUUCAGUUUUUCCUGGUUUUAAAGGCUGCAUUGUAGUAAAGGGAUACAGUUUUCUGAACAUUUUGGGCUAUUGUAGCUGUUCUGCCAUCUCCCUAUUGCGCGGUCAUCAUGUCCACAUUAUUAAUAAUUGCUGAUCAUAAAUUUCUUGUGUGUAUAUAUCACCAGAAGUCGUCCCUACAGUGACGUCAUCGAGGUUUUCUGUCAAAGAAAUCACGGUCUUUGGUGUGGUCCACAUCGCCCAGCCCUAAGAUGAGACUGACAAACGUGGUGGAAGUAAUGCUGUGCGGCGUUUGUUGACGUGAUGCCGGGUCGCUGCAGUUCAGAAACCUCAAGUGUCAAGAGAUCUGAUCUUGCAUUUUUACGAUUGUAAAGUCAGGAUUUGUAACUUUCCGACGCACCUGGAACGCAGCGUCAGAACCCCGACCGCUGGCAUGACGGUAAAAACGAAACAUAACCAGUGCUCUUACCUAUCCUCUGUGUUUCACUUUUUAGUUUCAAAUAGUUUCAUUUAACAGGAUGGAGUCGUGUUCAGCAACCGCUCAUUUGUAACAAAGGUGGAGAUCUUGUAUUUCUACGUUAUUGCUGUUCUUUGCAUUGUCCUGAUCUCAGUGAACCAGGUGAAGGUCGUUUCACCUGUCUGACAGGAUUAUGGAGGUCUUUCUGUCUGUAUGGAAAUGUUUGUGUGAUAAGGUGGUCAGCUGAAGCCCCGACCCCCCUCUGUGCUUCAGUCAACAGAUAGAAACAAGAAAAAUUUGGGAUUUCUCCGUUUCCUGCAGUUGCUGCUCUUUCGGCUUUGCAGGGCAGGAUAUUUCCGCCAAGCUUUGCCUUUUGAAUCCCGGCCUUAAAAGCAGGGACACACCAGGCGACCUCUGGUGCAGCUCUUAUUGGGAAACGUCACCAGGCUGCCUCAAAAUUGUUGCUUCAAGCCUGCAGGAGCACCAAAAAGACGUUUGAAUAGACGUUUAGACCCUUUGCCUCACUGUUGCCACGUUACUGAACAAACUGAUGAGCAUCAAACCAGCUCUCAGGCCAUUUAUUGUUUAAUUCACAUUUAUGUUUCGGGACAGUUUUUUUUGCACUUUGGUGUUUAUUUUUGUAUUUUGACUCUUUUACUUCUCACGCUUAUGGUUUUAUUCAUUUUUCUGACUGCUAUGCAGAGUGAUUUACAGUGAUGAUCCACAGCAGAAUCGGCUCGAGUUGCUAGAUCGCAGACAUCGGAUUCGACUAUGUAUAGGUCAAAGGUCAACAGAUGACCUUUUCCAGCCAACUGGGGACACUAACUUGGCCUGCACGUUGCCAAAAGCAGAAAUCAAUUCCAGAUCAUUUUAUUUUAGUUCAUUUUUCUGUUUUGGGGGUUAAUAGGUCGUUCUCUCCAGGUGAAGGACUUGUUUACCUGUUGAUGGGAGCUGCACUUUACUGAUGCAGAUGAACACAACAUGAUUGAUAAUGUUGAACUGUAAAUAUUUGAUUGAUAUCAGUGAUCGAUGUUCCAGUGUCAUGGAUGAAAAAGGCUUUUCUGCAAUGAAUAAAGCACUAAUUCAA